AUGGCUUUUUCAAAUUUCUAUGGGCUGUGUACUAAUACCGAAGCUGAAAUGAGGGCAGUUUUGGAUGGGCUACAGUUGUGUGCGGCUAGGGGCUUUGCUGGCUGCCAUGUCAGCUCGGACUCGAAGUCCAUUGUGCAGUUUAUAACUUCAAAAACAUGUAAGGUGUGGUGCUGUUGGUACUGGUUUGAUGAGGUCCUCCGCCUUGUGGAAGCUUUAGGGGUGACGGUGGUGUUUUCUUUUAGAGAAGGCAAUCGUGCGGCAGAUUUUCUUGCAAAUAGGGCCUGUGAGAUGAAAAGUAAUAGUGAGUUUCUCACCACUGGGGAGCUCCCCGCUGACCUCUGUAGGAUUGUUAGAGAGGAUAAGGCAGGUUUGCCAGUGUUCCAGCAUUAG